CCACCGUGAGGUCAAUAUCCAGUGGCACUAUACCAGCCGCCAUGGAACGCCGUAGCAUGGCCACCUCCGUAACCACCUUCGUAACCAGUGCGGCGAGUUUGUUUAUCGGCCGCCCGCUGCCAGUACCGCCCGCUCGGCCUCCCGUCCCUGCACCACGGGAUCUACGCGCCGUGUCUCUGAACGACUGGAGGCACGACACUGCUGUUGCCAAGGCGAUGUGUCGCCGGCGAAUGCUGGCUCGGCCCGAAAGCCUCGACGUCCGGGACCUGUCUAAAGUGCAUAGCGAGGAGAACAGCGAGUCCAGCGCCCUUCUCCAGAGUUACGCCGGUAGCAUUCCUCAGCUUGGUCAUGAUGACAUCAUCGGUAGCAUUCCUCAGCUUGGUCAUGAUGACAUCAUCCAGCAAGCAGAGUACAUAGAUCAUGGCCAACGGAGUACGGUGUUCAGGGUUCAGUAUCGCCGUAACAACCAAGGAAAUAGUGAAGAAGUCAGCAUGACUUGGCAGACAGCAGUGAUCAAAGUACCGUAUGGCAACUCGCAGUGCCAGUCCGUCUUCGAAGAAGCGCACAGCCUAAGGCUGUUGGACAAUGCGAAUGUACUACAGGUGCUGGGAAUGUGCUGCGGGACCCUGCAAACGCCGCCAUUUGUUCUGCUGGAGCACUGCUCGUCCGGUAGCCUCCUGGAGCUACUGCUGGGACGACGGCAAGUGCAGCGUCAGGUUGACGCACGCUAUGACGCUCGUUGCCAGGACGACGACGCCAUGGGAUACGCGUCGCUGGAUGAAGUCGAGGCCAUCCCGGCCACAAGCCCCAACCAAGUUAUUCCUGUUAGCGUCAUGCUGGGUCUUGCUGCACAGCUGGCUCAUGGUAUGGAGGCGCUAGCAAAUGCCCAGAUGGUCCACGGCAGGCUGUGCGCUGGCACCACACUGGUUACUGCGGACAUGGCGGUGAAGAUUGCUGGCAUGCGAUCGGCAGGUUGUCAGCCAGCAGGGGAGGAAUCCGAUAGCUGGCUAUUUCGGUGGCAUGCAAUGGAGGUGCUGAAUGGGACAGCCGAACAUUCCGCUGACAGUGAUGUCUGGUCUUUUGCUGUUGUCAUCUACGAGAUCAUGACACUUGGCAAUUUGCCAUACGACACGUUUGGCGUUGACAAGGAUUCGCUCCCCAGUUUCCUCUCUUCCGGCGGCCGUCUCGAACAACCCAAGCUAAUGUCACACUAUGUCUACUCCCUGAUGAAGGAAUGCUGGAGCCAAGCUCCGUUAGACCGGCCAGACUUCCACUCCAUUGUCGACACUCUGGAUCGGCUUCUCAAUGCUGAAUACAUGGAAGUCUGAGGAUCUCACUUUGGACGGUUACAGCACCCCGCCCGAUCUUGGACUGCAGGAUUGCCAGUCACGCCGGGAACCGUUGAUCGAUCUUUGUAAACAUGCACAUCGCUUUCUCAAUAUAUUCCGCUGAUUGACACUGGUGAUGUGGUAACGGUGCAAAUGGCACCUCCUCCAGCCAUGUUCCAUACAUAAACUAUUGACGAUGUAGCUCCACUGAAAAGGGCGUUAUUCGCAAGAAGACAACGCCCCACCUCCUCCAGCCAUGUUCCACACACAAACUAUUGACGAUGUAGCUCCACUGAAAAGGGCGUUGUUCGCAAGACGACGACAACCCCCCCCCCCAAAAUGAAAAGGACCCGAACAGGAUAGACUCAAGUGGAAGAGCGACUUUCGGCGCUAGAGCAACAACACAUACCGUCACCUACUGAAGUGCACAAAACAAGGCCUUGGGUGCCACCAGUAGGUUAUGCCUUGUUAGGUCUCCGCUGCAUGCAGGCUGCUGGCACACCAACUUGUGUUUAACCUUAUACUAGAACACCAUGUAUGCAUGCACUGUUGGCCAGAAAAUACUCUAUUUCAAUCCGGGGUUUGUUUCCGGUACCCCUUUCUGGCCAUUGCCGCAUUGAUUUUUUCUAGCUAGCCGUUCCAACUUUGAAUCAGUACUCUCCACUUCACUGUUACUAUAAUCAGUUAUCUGAGUGCAGUGACAAGAUAGCCAUAGCUUGUUUGAAGUUGUUUCUCAACAAAUAUUCUCACUAUGAUACUGUACUUGCAGAUUAUAAUACAGC